AUGAUGGCCGGAAAGCUAAAGUUGACCCUACUCUGGUCCCACAGCGAAAAUUCCACUAGACAACUGAUCAAAGAACGCAAGGUGCUGAACAGCAAACGCCUCGACCUCGAUGCCUGCAAGAGCCGCUUGAAAAAGGCGAAAACGAUGGAGACGACGACUGCCGGAAAUAGCCGCACCACUGGCGGUUUUACCGUAGAACAGGCUGAAGCAGACUUGCGAGUGGCCCAGGCCGAAUUCGACAAGCAGGCCGAGAUUACGAAGCUUUUGCUGGAGGGAAUUCAGUCGGCACAUAACAGCCAACUCAAAUGCCUGCGCGACUUUGUGGAAGCGCAAAUGAUGUUCUACGCGCAGGCGCAUCAAUACAUGGCCGAUUUGCAGCGUGAAUUGUCUGGCCCGAACUCAGCCGAUUCGCUGUACGACGACACCGGAUUCUCAUCCCAGCCACCGCCACAGCAA